GUGUAAUGUUGCCUAAAACGCCGAAAAGUGGGUUCUGGAAAUUUGUCAAAGGCAGCGCCAAGACACUUUUUGUUAUUGAAGCAGUUUGUUUCGCUGCAUCUUAUGCCGUGUAUUAUCGUAUGAAUACAAAUCGAGACUUCCGACAACACAUAAAUGAAAAAUAUCCUUUCGUAUUAGACUAUUAUUACAAGGUUGGUGAAAUAAUUGGAAACAGCAACUUGCGCGAAAUCGACGCUACAGUCUGGAGAUCUGAACAAAGAAAGGAUAACUAA